CGCUUUGAGCGCCGGACCGCGUCGGAUGAUGGCGGCGGUGCCGAAGGUUCUGUGCUCGGAGAAGGGAGUGUUGCUCAGGCAGGUGUUUGCCCUCAGCAGAUUUUUAAGUCAUGAUCUUGUUUCUUACAGAGCAGCAACAGCUAGAGAAAACCGCCUGUGUGCUGCAGGUGAUGCAUUCCUGGGUUGCCACAGAUCCUACAGGUCCCGACCUACACAUGGAAUUGGGAGGUUUAAAUACCUGCUCCCAAAGGAGGUUCCAAAGAGGAAAAAGGAAAAAGUGCAGAUGAAAGAGAUCAGUACUGGCACUGAGUACCAGUAUGGAGAUAUCAACAUCCAGAUGACUUCCUAUGAUCUGUGCCUGGUGGAGCAUUUUGCUCAGUAUGUCCAUAGACUCUGCAACCGUCUCUCCAUCCGAGUCAAUGAGAGCUAUGCCAUGCCCACCAAAACCAACGAGGUGCUGUUCCUGGAAGAGAGGGGAUCCAAAAUGCAGCUGGAUGCAGUCCUUACCACCCACCAGAGGGUUAUCCAGAUCCGUGGUUUGAGUUCGACGUUUGCUCCCAUACUGCUGGAAGUCAUUCAGAGUAACCAGCCUGAGGGGGUCCAUCUGUUGAUGAAACAGCACACGGAAGCCGAUUUCAAGAGCCGACUGAAGUCUCGACCAGAGCUGGAAGAGCUGCUGGCAGAGAUCUCCUGAGGUGAGGAACAACAGUGUGCCCUCCAUGGGCUGUUCCAGCCUCCAGAGGGUGCUUCCAUGAGCUCUGUGCUGAUAACUCAGUGAAUUGGAUGGAAUUCCCACUGCUGGCAACCAGCUUGUCUCAAUAAAAAUAAGUAAUAUGUUUA